AUGAGUGAGCUUGCCAAGAUUGGCAACCGUGAGUGGGUGGGCUAUGGCUACAACGGCCAACCUAACUACGCAGAUAGGCCUGACUUCCCCCUACCCGCUGUCAGGUUCCGUGCUGAGACACCUGACAUCAAGGUUCUCCGUGAAAAAGAAAAGGGUGAUUGGCGCAAACUGACCCUAGAAGAGAAGAAAGCCCUCUACCGGGCUUCCUUCUGCCAGACCUUUGCUGAGUUCCAAGCACCUACCGGAGAGUGGAAGGGCGUUCUCGGCUGGUCGCUGUGCCUCGCUUCAUUAUCUCUUUGGAUCUACAUGGCAAUGAAGAUGUUUGAAGGCGCAGCUCCGGCGCAUGCUGGACCUGAAGGUCAACCCCAUAGAUGGGCUCUCCUCCAAGUGGGACUACGAGAACAACCGCUGGAAGUAAACUUAUGGCGUCUCCCAUGGUGCUUGCUGGGUGUCGCUGCUGGCGGUAGAGUAGACGGUGUUGAUAUUUGUAAAUCUAUU